AGAAACAUAGUUCAUAUAGUGAUGAUGGAGUUCACUCGUGCAAAUUUUGCAUCCGUUGGGUUUUUGAUGUUUGCCACAGUAGGAUUCUCGUUGAUGCUGCUGAUGCCAUCCUUCGCAGCAGCAGCUUUUUCCUGUGAUCCUUCAAGGGAAUUUUAUGUGGGAGGUAAUAAGACAGGCUCAUAUUUUGACGGUGGAGUGUCAUGUUACAACUGCCCGGGUGAAAUCCAAACCUUAUGUAACUUAAAGGGCAGAACAGUAUCGAAGUUUGAGUGCAACUGGUGGGACGGUGACCUUGUGUCACAUAGGACAACGGUAUGCGUAGGCUGCUGUGGAGCACCUCACCCGCCACCAAUUCCAGUUAUAACGGAUAAAUGCCAAGCCGGCGAUGCAGAUUUAUCAUUCACAACUCCUGCUCUAAGGCCCUGGGACUGCGGCAAAUGCCAAAAUGGUUGUAAAGAUGAAUGUGAGAAGAGAAAAGAAACGGUUUCUCGAGAAAUGUGCGUGUUCAAUAAUUAUAAUUACGACUGCAAAUGUUGCUGCAGGACACCUCCACCUCCAUCGCCACCUCCUCCGUCCCCUUCACCUCCUCCCCCAUCUCCACCACCACCACCACCACCACCAUCACCCCCUCCUCCAUCUCCACCACCACCUCCACCAUCAGAUCCACGAGAUAUGUGCAGUCCCGAUUAUACUUCUUUAUCGACUGUAGUGACAGAUUGCUCUCUUUGUCCAGUGUGUGAUUGUGGUGCAGGUGUAACCCCAGCAAUUACGGCGUGCUUUCCUAAUGUUAAUUACUGCAAUUGUUGUUGCCCAACUACCCUUGGAUCAUAAGCUAUCGGCAGCUGCAUAGCCAACAAUAGUGGUAAAGCAUCACGCGCUGAUCAUAAGCUAGCUGCAGCCAAUGUGAUUGUCAUAGGGAUGCUUUAUGCGUUUAAUAACAAUAAGCAGCAUGUAUUCUGUUUUAUUUGUUUAAGCAUGUAGUGAUCCAUAACUUUUCAUUUUCAA